UUGACGACAUACGUCACCUGAAAAAAGCCACGUGCCCUCGCGGAGACUUCCCGCCGGAGAUAACUGCGAUUGCCCUCGGUCACUGUUGUUACCAAGUACCAUUGGACGCGCGUACAGACAUUCAUCGUUCCAGCACAUUCCACCGCAUUGGAGCACACCCUCGUCAUCAGCCUCAUAAUCGCGCCACAACCAACCUCAUCUCUGCACCAUGGAGCUCACUUUCGCGACCGAUCUGGGACAAACCUUCGUGAUUGAAAUUGACCCAGAUAUGGAGCUGGAAAACGUCAUGGCCCUUCUUGAAGUAGAGUCUGGCAUUGCAGUUGGCGAGCAGAGCAUCUCAUAUAAUGGCCGCGAUUUGGUAUCACCCAAGUCAACCCUUCGCCAACUUGGCGUGAACGAAAAUAAUGCACUGCUGCUGCUGAGGAGGAAGAUUCCCAAUAUGGCCGGCAGACCCGUCGAGCAUGAUGCGGAAUCGAUGCGUCUGCAACUUCUCGGGGACCCCGAGAUGAUGCGUCAGCUACAGGCUAUGCAACCCGAAAUCGCGCAAGCGGCUCAAUCUAAUCCGGCAAGGUUCGCAGAACUGUUGCGCUCAACACGAGAAAUGCAAAAUUCGGCCGAGAUGCAACGACAACACGAGAUUGAGCGAUUGAAUGCGGAUCCGUACGAUGUCGAGGCACAGCGAAAGAUUGAGGAAGCCAUCCGGCAGCAAGCGGUUCUGGAGAACAUGGAGCACGCGUUGGAGUACUCGCCGGAAAGUUUCGGGAGGGUGACCAUGCUCUACAUUCCGGUGGAGGUCAAUGGAAAGCCCGUCAAGGCAUUCGUGGAUAGUGGGGCACAGCAAACAAUUAUGAGCCCCGAGACCGCUGAAGCUUGCGGUAUCAUGCGGCUGCUCGAUACACGUUUCUCCGGUAUCGCAAGAGGCGUUGGCACAGCGAAGAUUCUCGGACGAGUCCACAGUGCCCAGUUCAAAGUUGCUGACCUGCAUCUGCCAUGCUCAAUAACCAUUAUGGAGGGCCGGGAUGUCGAUCUUCUGUUGGGAUUGGACAUGCUCAAGGCGCAUCAGGCCUGCAUAGAUUUGGAGAGGAAUGUGUUGAGGGUCCGGGGUCGAGAAGUGAAGUUCCUGUCGGAGCAUGAGCUCCCGGAGAAAGCGAGGGAUCAGGCCCCAACGGCAGAGGAACUAGCCGCAGCCACUCGGGAAGCAAGCACGUCCAGUAGCAGUGCUAGACCCAGUCAUUUCCCCGGCUCCGGGAACACAAUCGGAGCGGCGCCUCAAGCUGCUCCCGGUCCAUCUACGACGACACAUCCAGAGUCCAGUAUCCGGAUCCUCAUGGAUUUAGGGGCAACGCGCGAAUUGGCGAUCAGGAACCUCGAUGCUACUGGGGGGAAUGUGGACAACGCGGCCUCGUUGCUAUUCUAAUCAAAAUAUGUAUUAUCAUGAAACCAAAUAUGUACUAGGCAGGGAGGAAGCGGUACAUCGGUCGAUGAGGAAGUGACGAGCAAGAGAGAGAAGGAGCAAAAGCGGAAGCUCUGCUCAGAGCGGAGAGAGAGG